AAUAUGUUAAAUUGGAGCAGAUCAGUGCUGCUGCGUAGGUUAUUUGUGUGUAGGCUAUAAAAGCACACUGCUUCAUUCUUUCCAUCAGACCGUUACCAGACCUGAACUUGAAGCAUCUGGCAUUUCAACAGCAUUACUGAAAACAGGCUAAUUGCAGAAUAGAGAAGCCAUGGAUUCCAAAAUGUCAAAGACAACUCAAAGUCUUACCACUGCUGAGGACAUGAGGAACCAAACCAAACUUAUGAUGCAGCCCUAUGCCAACUGGGAAGAGUAUCUUACUCCAGCACCUCUAUCCAUAGCCAUCCUGGGAGAGCUGGUUUUCAUCUCGUCCUCAACAGAUUUCUCCAUCAAUAAAAAUCCCCCUAAAGACGGCUACAAAUUCAUCAAAUACCCUGAUUCCUUUCGUGCUUGUCUCAUGCAAGUGUGUAACUCUGGUUGGUGGGCAUUUAAUGAGGCCCAUAAGAGCAUGGAUCAGAUUCGCCUCCAUACUGCCCAAGUUCCAGAUUACAUGAAGACAGCCGUGAAGAUUCUGUUCCAAGGUGAUGAUGAAGUUGUCACAGCACAUCUUCCUGAUCAGCUGGACAAUAUCAGAGUCAUUGCAGAUGAAUGUCUGCGGUUGUCUGAUGCAACUGAAAAGCGUUUCACUGAUGUCAUCAAUAUCAUCCAGGAGCUGCUAGAAGCUUGUGUGAAUGCAGAACACUUCUAUGGGGAGGAGAUGGAAGCAAUCAAGAAAAAACUAGAAGAGAGCAAAUUGAGGGAGCAGUCAGCUCUAGAAACCAAGAAAAGGACUGAGAAGGCAGUGAGUGCCAUGGAGAAGGAACUGGGUGAGGCUCAUGAGAGCUACAAGAAAGCUCUGGAUUCUCUCCCUGGUGGAUGGGAAAUGAUUGGCAUGGAUGUGGUUGGUGGGAUAACACAGAGCAUUACAGGUCUGAUUAAUGGAUUUACAUCUGUUAUUAGUCACCCAUUGAGAAAAAUGUGCAAUGCAACAACAAUGGUGGCUGAUACUUGGAGCUACAUUAGAGAUCAGGAAAGUGUAAGGGAUGUGGUUGCUGAAAUAAACGUAUACAGUAAAUCUGCUGAAAUUUUAAAUUGUGCACAGAAUAUCCAGAAACUAAUGAAUGUGAAUAGUGAGGAUGAUGACAUUGACUGGAGAAAACUGUAUGAUCAGAAGAACAAAAAUACAAAAACGGAUUUCAUAGCAAAACAGUUUGUAAGAAUCCAUGAUGAUUUAAAGAAAAUCCCUGAUUGCCCAGUAAAGAAACAAGCUAAAAAGUUAUGCAAAGAAGGCAUGGAAAUAUGCGACCAACUGAAAAAAUAUGCACCAGAUGGCAAAUGUGACAAAGACGAAAGUGAGAAGAUAAUUCAUGAAGUCUUGGAAUUGGUCGAGUUGGCCCGUGUUUUUGAUUGCAGAAGCAAAGACAUCACAAAUUCUCCAGCCAUUUCUCCAAAACUACCAAUGAUGCAAAAAGAACUAAACAAGUCAGAGAACACGGGUGCUUCACAGAGGGCCACGGAGAAUGCAAGAUUCACCAUAGAGCAGACCCGAGCUCAGAUGAACAAGACAAGAGAGACCUAUGAGAAGUGUAUGGAGAACCUAGAGAAGAACCAGAAGGAACUAACUGAUAUCCUGGUCACUAUGAGAAACUGUGAAAUGAAAGAGAUUGACUUCAAAACUACCAUAGAGAUGCUGGUCAAAGGAAUGGAUGCCAUGGGGAGAGUGAAGGAGCAGUGGGAGAAGAUGGUUCACUUCUUUCAGAUGGUUUCCAACAUUGUAAAAACCAGCCUGAGCAAAACUCUCACAAACUUUGUCUCAACAUCCGAGAAAACGCAAGCCCUGUCCUACAAUGCAAAGCUCUUCUCAAAAGAUCUGCUGUACAUUCAAGCCUUCCAAGCCUGUAACAUUGCUAGUCUGGUUCAUAUGAUUUCUGGAACAUACACGGAUGUUUCCAACAAGUACCUGAUGGACCGUGUCAGUUCACUGGGCAAACUGAUGGCCAUGGAUAAGAGUAAGCCAGAAUUUGAGCAUGAACGACAAGCACUCCAGAACUCAUGUGAUGAGGCACAAAAAGGCAUCUUAAGGCUUGUCCUGGAGAAUAAAGAGGAGUUUGACAGGAAGAGCAUCGCAAGACUUGAAAGGAUCGAUCGAGAGCUGCUUGCCAUUCUGCCCCCUGCUCCUCCAGAGCAAAUCAAGAGUAUUCAGGAGGCUGUUCAAGCUGGAUUCAGUGAGGAGGAAGAAGCAUCAUUGUACUGAGAGAAUAUACCAAAUAAAAGCUUGCUAAAAGAUCAUAUAGUUAAGAUUUAAGCUUUUCUGCCCAGUAACAUGUAAUAGUCAUGACAGCUCAAUUUAUCUGCAUUAACAGAAGACAACUGAUACUGAAUACUGAAAUGUUAAACACUCUGUCAAUCCAAUUCAGACUAUGUCUUAAAAAAUGCAUCUUAAUACCAGGUGGAAACAGGGCCUUAGAGAAGAUUUUAAAAGCUGAUUUAGAAAAAGUGCUUACUGUUUAAAUUUUAAUUUCAUAUCAUAUCAUAAGAACAUAAUCAUAUCAUAUAACCAGCUUGAAAAUGAUUCUUGCUAAAACAUAUUAUGCAUGAUUGUGUGAUAUUUAAUGGAAAGUGGAAGUGACUGGAAAUGUUUGCUUUUAAUAAAUUGUUUUUUUGUUUGUUUGCUUUUUGCCUUAAUAUGUUGAAUGUUUUUGUUUUCUUUCUAAUUAUUUAGUGACUUUUUUUUUAGUUGUAUAUGAUAAAUGUGUCCUUAAAUGAAGAUUACUGUUAAUUACAUAUUAAUGAAUUGCUGUUACAAUACGCCUCUGUAGUAAAAAUAAAAAUGACUGCUACUGUU